GCGCAUGCGCAGUACAUUUCACGUGGAGUACAGAUAUCCCCCUUCAGUCUGUGUCACAGCAAGAAAACCUGCAGCUUCACGUCGUCUCCAGACCUCUCACACAUCUAGAAAUGGCUUUCAGGAAAUUCCUCCCCUUGUUCGACCGGGUGCUCGUGGAGCGUUUUAUCCCAGAGACGGUAACGAAGGGCGGCAUCAUGCUGCCGGAGAAAGCUCAGAGCAAAGUGCUGCAGGCCACGGUGGUGGCAGUCGGGCCAGGCUCCCGCAACGUGGAUUUCUACAACUGGCCGGAUGAGUCAUUUGAGGAGAUGGACAGCACCCUGGCUGUCCAACAGUACAUCCAGCAGAACAUUAGAUCAGACUGCUCUAAUAUCGACAAAAUCCUUGAGCCUCCAGAGGGUCAGGACGAGGGCGUGUGGAAGUAUGAACACCUCAGGCAGUUCUGUCUGGAGCUCAACGGACUAGCUGUAAAACUGCAGAGCGAGUGCCAUCCAGACACCUGCACCCAGAUGACAGCCACAGAGCAGUGGAUCUUUUUAUGUGCUGCCCACAAGACACCCAAAGAGUGCCCUGCCAUUGAUUACACCAGGCACACGCUGGACGGAGCUGCCUGUCUUCUCAAUAGCAACAAAUACUUCCCCAGCAGGGUGAGCAUCAAGGAGUCAUCGGUGGCCAAGCUGGGCUCCGUCUGUCGUCGCAUCUAUAGGAUAUUCUCUCAUGCCUACUUCCAUCAUCGCCAGAUAUUCGACAAGUAUGAGAACGAGACGUUCCUGUGUCACCGGUUCACGCGCUUCGUCAUGAAGUACAACCUGAUGUCCAAGGACAACCUGAUCGUGCCCAUCCUGGAGGAGGAGGUGCAGAACACCUCGUCAGCGGGGGAGAGCGAGGCCUAAACACACUGCUGCCACAAAGGGAGACACAUGUAACACACACAUGACAUGAGGAGACACAUUCACACACCUUGCAUACACAGUACACACAUAUAUAAUAUAUAUAUAUAUACACACUACAGUGUCUACAAUAAGGCUCCUGUCUCGUAACACUGUCCAUGUCCCUCCACCCUUGUCACCUGUGUCUAUCUCAAAGGACGUGAGGGGUAGCGGGAGCAGAGUUCAGCCAUGCCUGCAGGACAAGUUGACGUUUUCUAUCCUCCUCCCUCUCGCUCUGUGUGUUCAGAUCCACUCUGGGGGUCUGGGUGCAGCCCCUGCUCUCACACUACUCCUCCUGGGGAAACCCCUUUUACCUUUAAUGUUCUUUAAGCAGCUGGAUUUGCAAAAAUGUAAUCAUGGUGACCUGUAUUGUUGACAAAGGCACACGCUGACAGCCCCUCCCUCUGUAUAUAACCCCCCCCCCCCCCCUCUCUUAAUUCACUACUAUCAUGUUUUCUGAUGGUGCUUCACUUUUUCGUGUCUGCUUCUGUUUCUCUGUUCGCUUAUUGUGUUGCCUACCAGCCUGUUUUUCGGGGGGGGUCGUCCUAUGAAAUGGAUCAAUAAAUUAGCCUGCUGACUCAAAGGGAUAGUUCAGAUUGUGUGUGGGUUGUAUGCAUAUCCAUAGUUCAGGUAUGACCGACAGUAACUGCUCUCUAAAAGCCACCAAACUCCAUUGUCAGAAACCAGUUAUUUUACAUCGCUGAACACAGAAGUUUCUCGCUUUCUGUUGCCUCAAUUAGUACGUUUUUUUUGGUGGUAUUUUGUGACUUUGGUGUUUAAAAUAGUUAGUUUGGAUUCACUGACGUCACACGAUUUACACAAAAUAACUAACUGAUAGAGGAAGAAGUAGAACAGCAACACCUUUUUUGUUCUGCGAUUUAUAAAAUCACUGCUUUUAUCAAUGGCGUCUGGCUUUAGCGAGAGCAUCAAAAAAUGCUUUGGAUCCUCGUUUGACGGCAAGGUUAAGCAGAGAAAACAUCGUCAUCUACUGUAGGUAAUACACUUUUAUACAACCCUACUUUAAAACACAAACCAUCCCUUUUUAAUUAUGCCAGUGAAACACGAAACGUAGGUGUGUGUGGCUUGUGUGGUAGUGAACAAAGACAAACGUAACCGUGCAGUCAGAUAUUCUUUCUCUCAUCUCUGAAGUGUUUUUCAGAUCAUUCAGGAACUCUGGUCCUGCUUAGUGGCAUGCCCCCAUUUUAAUACUGUGUGAAAUGUGUCGGAUAUUCCCCUUUCCUCGACAGGGUUGGGUCUGAGGGCCACAUGGGACUGAGCUGCUGUAAGCCGGUCUUUACUAACACAUUAAGAUGAGUAAAAUACAAGGAAAGGAUGAAAUAUCAGAUACAUUUACGUGUCGGAGCACAACCCUCCCCCCCAUCUUGAUUUUUACCCUCCCCCUCAUUAAGUUAUUUUGUGGGAGGAGUCUUGUCAAUCCAAACCCACUUUUUUUUUAAUGGACUAAAACAAUUUUGUUACUGUCGACAUUUUCAUGAUGUCUGUUAAUAAAAAAGACCUAUUAUUCAGG